UUUCUUUCAUAAAUUUAGAAUUUAUUUUGAAUGAGCGACGACUUAAACUAUAGCUUGUUUUGCGGAAACAUUUCUGAAGAUACAACUGAAGAAUUGUUAUAUGAAUUAUUUUUACAAGCUGGUCCUGUUGAAAACGUGAAAAUAGCUACAGAGAGGGAUGGCAAAAGAAAACAAUAUGCCUUUAUAAAAUUUUGUCACGAGAUAUCUGUCCCUUAUGCAAUUGAUUUAAUGAAUGGUAUUAAAUUGAACAACAAUGUGCUUACUCUUAAAUGUAGGAAAGGGUCAGCACAUGAAAACAAUGAUCUUUUUGGUUUAGAAAAUUUAAAAUAUUCACAAUAUGAUAUAGAAGCAGCCAACAAGCUAAGAUGCAUGAAAUAUCAAAACCUAUUUGAAAAUAUUCUGAUCGAAGAUACAAAAUCAUUAGCAGAAGAUGAAUCUCCAGCAAGGAAACCAGAAUAUAUAAAUGAUUUAAGGCAAAAUUUAAAUAUUAUUAAAUCUAAAAACCAUAUAGAUACAAAGUCUAUAUUACCACUACCAACUCCUUCUUCAAUCCUUAAUAUGAAUGCUCCAUAUAAUUCUCAACAGUACAAUAAUUAUAGUGGGCCAUAUUCUAAUAAUAUGAAUUAUUUUGAUCCUAUAAAUUAUAAUAAUUAUUAUCAGCAAAAUUCUAUGUAUCAACAACCUUAUAUCAGUGACCCAUUUAUAAAUCAAAAUUAUUUAAUGAAUCAAAGUUAUUCUUAUCAAACUCCCAAUAAUCGAUCAUCAAAAUAUUAUAAUAAUAUACAUGGUUCUGCCCCUAAUCAUCAAUCACAAAGUGAUGGCUACAAUAAUUAUGGUGACUUUGAUGAUAAAAGAUACAAUUCUCACUCAUCACACUCCUCCAAGGGGAGAAGAAGCAGAGAAUAUGAUUCUCCCUAUGAUAGAAAUAAUAAAAAUCACAAAAACAGAUAUGAUAGAGAGACUGAUGACAAUUAUAGAAAAGAGAAAAUAUCUAAUAGACGAUGAUAUUUUUAAAAUGAAAUAUAUAAAUCAGGUUUGUAAUAUAGUAAUCAUAAUUUUAUCCUGAUAGCUAUAAUGUAUAAUUUCAAUACUUUAAAUUUAUUGUGACUAGUAAUUUUAAUAAUCAUUGCCUUGCAAUGUUUUUUAAAAAAAUAUAUCCCAAAGUAAAUUUUUAUAUCAUGAUAAUAAAGGUCAGAGGAAUCAACUAUUUUAAUAUAUCUUCAACAAAAAAUUAUAUUUCUAUAUUCUUAACCUUGGUUAAAAAAAAUUAUUUUUA